AUGAGUAAAACGAAGACUAAAAGUGAGAAUAAGACGGAAAAAGCUUUGGCUGCUGAGAAGGAGCAGUUUGGCAAACAACAGCUCCACAGCAUCAGUAAAACUUUGACCUCAGGUGAAACACCACUCAAAGAGAAAUAUGUGCGCAAUAUCAUCAUGGGAACGUAUAAGGAAGGAGGAGCUACAACCUUCUGGUCCUACACCCUGAACCUUCCUCUCUCCAGUAACUCCAUGAUCAGCUGGAAGUUCUGCUACCUGCUGCACAAACUGCUCAGAGACGGAUACAAGAAUGUUGUUAACGAUUGUCACAGAUACUGUCGUAACGUGAAAGACAUGGGCAUCCUCUGGGGAAACCUGCAUGAUCGAUACGGCCACAUCGUUGCUUUAUCUGCCAAAUUCCUCUGCCUGAAAAUGGAGUUUCAUAAAAAGCACAAGGUGAUUCCAGCCAACCUGGAGGCUUCAGACGAGACUGUAGAGAAGGAAGCAGGAAAUGACAUGAACAAAGUGUUGGAUAUGACGCAGGAACUGCUGGAUUACAUGGAUGCUGGACUGAAGAUGGCUGAAACAGUUCUGCGUCAGCUCGAUGUGAACGCAGCCAAAUCCUCGACUCCGGCCGGUCAGUGCCGCCUGACGCCUCUGAUCCCGCUCAUCCUGGACUGCAGCUACCUGUAUCACUUCUCUGUGCGGCUCAUGUUCAAACUGCACAGCCGCAUUUCUCCAGAUGUUCUUCUUGGGCAUAGAGAACGUUUCCGUAAUCUGUUUCUAAGCCUCACAGAGUUCUUCGACAGAGCUCGAGAAAUGGAGUUCUUUAAAAGUGUGAUUCAGAUCCCAGAUCUCCCAGAUGAACCUCCAAACUUCCUGCGUGCCGCCGCUCUGGCUGAGUAUAAACGGCCGGUGGUGGUGAUGCCCAACGAGGAGCGCCACCAUGAGGAGGAGGAGGAGGAGGUGCAACCGGAGUUUAGGCAACAGCCACAGAUGCCACAAUAUUAUUUACUGAGCCAGAUGGGUGCAGCUGAUCCUGCAGUGGAGCAAAGAGAAACAGAGAAUGAGAGUCUGAGGAGAGAGCUGGAGGUGCUCAAACCGGAGCUGCAGCACAUCAAGUCUGAGGCUCAGAGGUGUGUAAUCGAGUUAAAAUCUCAAGUCAACCGUCUGGAAGCUGAAGUGGAGGAGCAGCGAACCCACAAACAGAUGGCCAUGGUGGAAAAAGAACACCUGAGGAUGGAAGUGGAGGCGUUACGAUGCGCUAAUGUCGCUAACGUCGGGGCACAGAUCGGAUUCAAGGAAGCAGAUAGUAGAGCUCAAGCUGCAGAGAUUCGAUUCUCUCAACUCAAAGAGAGACACGCGGAGCUCGUUACCGGUCACGCUGACCUCAUGAAGAAGAACGCAGAAACAGUGAAGCUGCUGUCGAUAACAAAACACGACCAGGAUGAUUUGCUCAGAGCGAGACAGCAGCUGGAAAACGAGCUGGAAGCCCUGAGACGAGAGAAGAGAAACACAAUGAAUCAGCAGCAGGGGGAAGUCGACCGCCUGCAUAAAGAGCUUCUGGAGCAAAGAGCCGAGCUGUCUCUUCUUCACGGUGCUCUGCAAAAUAAGGAGAUGGAGGGAUCUCAGGCGAGCAGCAGUCUGACGGCUCUGCAGGCGGAGCGAGACGUGCUGCUACGCUCCGCCAGAGAAAAAGACGCUGAGCUUUUCUCGCUGAGACAACAGAGUCAGCAGCAGCAGAGCUCUCUGGAUCUGGAGAGAGACCGGCUCAACAGAGAGCUGGAGGCUCUGAGGGCUCAGCUGCAGCAACAGCUCGCUAUAAACGCAGAGCAGAAGUUAGAGAUCGACCGGCUCAGACGAGAGCUGGACUCCACACGAGCCGAACUGUCCCGAGCUAACAGCAGCCUGCAAAGCAAAGAAAUGAGCGGCACCCAGCUGAGCAGCUCGCUGGCAGGGCUGCAGGCGGAGAGGGAGACGCUGCUGCGCUCGGUGAGGGAGCAGGACGCUGAGCUGAAGUCACUCAGACAGCAAGCUCAGAUCCAGCAGAGCUCUCUGGAGCAGGAGAGGCAGCGGAGCAGCAUGGAGCUGGGCAGCCUGCACGCUCAGAUACAGCAGCAGGCGUGCCGUGAGGGCGAGCUGACCCAGAAGCUGCAGGACGAGCAGUUCUGCCUCCUCCAGUGUGCCGUGGUGGAGGCUGAAGGCAUCAUACUGGACGCUGUGGCCAAACUGGACGACCCCAUUCACGUCCGCUGCAUCAGCUCACCUGAUUAUUUGGUGAAUCGAGCUGAAAUCACUCUCGGAUCGAUCGAUAAGAUGCAGCAGAGUCACGUCGUCUACCUGGGAAACAUGAAAGACGCUAGCGGUUUGUUGAGAUCAGUCACUCAGUUUUCUCACCUCGCUGCCGACACCAUCGUUAACGGAGCGGCGACGUCUCACUCUGCUCCCACCGACCAGGCCGACCGUUUGACUGACAGCUGUCGGGAUUGUGCGAAUCACUGCCUCCAGUUCUUGAAGGAUUUGAAGCUCCAGGCCAGUUUACAGCGAGCCGACCCCGCCGCGAUCCGCUACACCGUUCAACGAAUCCUCCAUCUGGGACAGGAGCUUCGUCCUAAAGGUCGGGAUGUGCAGAAAGAAGAGUUGGGAAGCAUGGUGGAUAAAGAGAUGAUCGCUACGUCCACCGCCAUCGAAGAGGCCGUGCUGCGAAUGGACGAGAUACUGAGUCAGGCGAGGAGAGAAACUUCUGGUAUAAAGCUGGAAGUCAAUCAGAGCAUCUUGGGAUCCUGUUCAGACCUGAUGAAGGCGGUUCACAUGCUUGUGACCGCUUCUACUGAUUUACAGAAAGACAUCGUGGAAGGAGGCAGAGGAGCCGCUUCCGUUACUGAAUUUUACGCCAAGAACUCUCGCUGGACCGAAGGACUCAUCUCCGCCUCUAAGGCCGUCGGCUGGGGAGCCACACAGCUGCUAGAGUCAGCUGAUCGCGUUGUGGGUGAAAACGGGACGUACGAGGAGCUGAUUGCCUGCUCUCAUGAGAUCGCUGCCAGCACCGCUCAGCUGGUCGCUGCAUCGAAGGUGAAAGCCGACCGCAGCAACAAGAAGCUGAACACGCUGCAGCACGCCUCACGCCACGUUAACGACAUGGCAGCCGUGGUCGUCACCUCCACCAAACAUGGGCAGCAGCAGAUCUCCGACCGAGGUGUUAUGGACUUCUCCGGUUUGUCUCUAAUCAAGCUGAAAAAGGAGGAGAUGGAAGCUCAGGUGAAAGUGCUGCAGUUAGAGAGCCAGCUGGAGCAGGAGCGAGUCCGUCUGGGCGAGCUGAGGAAGAAGCACUACGAUCUCAACGCCUCCGGGGAAACCGCCGCCGAGGGAUCGGACGGAGCCGACAGUUUCCCGCCUCCGCCUCCUCCGACUUUAUUCGACUCCGCCUCCACACAGCCGUCAUUCUCACUGCCUCAGUCUUAUACUCCGACAAAUACCUUCACACAGACCCAAACACACACACCUGCUCAGUCAUACACACCUGCUCAGAGUUACACACCUGCUCAGUCAUACACACCUGCUCAGUCACACACCCCUCCUCAGAGUUACACCCCUCCUCAGAGUUACACCCCUCCUCAGUCCUACUCCUCCUCUCAACCCUUCCCAUCCUCCCAGUCUUAUCCCAUCACAUCCCAAUCCUACUCACUAUCACAUCCCUCUUCCUCCUCUUCCUCCUCCUCCUCCUCGAGCCUUCCUCAGAGCAAUAUAGAAGCCGCCAAACCGACCUCGAGGAAACCGAGCAUCUUCACCAAAUCUGGAAACCUGCUGAAGAACGCGUUCAGACGAGGUGAAACUGGAACCGGGGAAUCUUGA